CGAGGUGGUGGUCCUCGGAGGCGGGGCGGCGGGGCUGCUGGCCGCGAUCACCGCUGGCAGGAGGGGCAGGCGGGUCACGGUUCUCGAGAGGAACGCGGACAUCGGCAAGAAGAUCCGCAUCAGCGGGGGUGGGCGCUGCAACUUCACGAACAUUUCGCCGGGGCUGCUGGACGGCUUCCACUCCUCGGGCGACGGGGCGGACGCGGAGUUCUUCAAGUCGGUGCUUUCGCGCUACCGCCCGCAGGACUUCAUCGCGCUGAUGGACAAGCACGGCAUCAAGUACCACGAGAAGAAGCUGGGGCAGCUCUUCUGCGAUGAGUCCGCGGGCCAGAUCGUGGAGAUGCUGCGCCGAGAGUGCGACGACGCUGGGGUGCGCAUCCUGACUGACUGCCUGGUGACCGACCUGUCGCCCGGCGACCAGGCGGCGGCAACGGCCUCCUCGGCGGCGGCGGCGGAAGCGCAGUUCCAGGUCGACUACCUCACCCUGCCCCAAAGGCGAGCAGAAGGGGCUCGGCACAGGAUC